UAUAUCUGUCUAUAUAUGGUUAAGCCCUAAAAUGCUGCUGCGUAGCUCUGUCAACGACAGCGUCACACAGAUACACCACCUGCCCUGUAUCCCCCUUUUCUUGGGAUAUGUAGUCUUUUUUAUAGGUCGUUCGAAUCACCACGCAUGAAGGAGGCUCACCGAAAGAACUACAAACAGCCUCUCCGGCGAUACCGCCCACCCCCGGCUCCUGCCUACAGCUUUGUCAGGCAGAAAACUUCCUGAAUGAGACACAAACCACAACAAGAGGGUGUUUUUUUUAUUGUAGCAAACAACCAUAGCACCUGUCUGGUUCUGUGAUAUGAUUUAUAGUUCCUCCGAGUGCUGGUUCGCUUUCUGCGGAGUUGAUCACCUGCUCUGACCUGCUAAUGUCACGUUAGCGCUAACCCCUUCACCUGUAGGUAUCAGUCCGCCUUGGAGCAUUAUCACCUUCCUGCUCAUUUCAACGCUGCGUGUCUCCAGUCUCCCCCACACAGGUCCCUGUCUGCUCCCAUUCUGUCAGGCUGCCCGUGAGUGAUUGGAUGAGGUGAAACUGGCAUCAGUGGACAAGCACGCAUACAAAGAGCCAUUGAUUGGUCAAGGAUGACCACGGAGGACAUGAAGAAUGAAGCCGACGCCGCCUCAAUAGUCUCUAUGGCUCUCUACACUGUGAUGUUUCCCGUCUUUAACCAGUUGGAGAAAGUGAACUUAUCAGCAGCACAGACCUUGAGAGCGGCCGUUAUAAAGGCAGAGAAGGAGAACCCCGGUCUGACCCAGGACAUCGUUUUGAAAAUCCUGGAGAAGAAGAACGUAAAAAUCGACUAUAAUGAGUCUCUACUUCGCAUGGCUGCAGACGACGUGGAAGAGUUCAUGAUUGACAGGCGAGAGCCAGAGUUCCAGGAGCUGAACGAGAGAGCCCGAGCUCUGAAACACAUCCUCAGCACCAUACCAGAUGAGAUCAAUGACAGAGUAGGCUUCCUACAGAGUAUCAAAGACAUUGCCAGUGCCAUUAAGGAGCUGCUAGACACAGUAAAUACUGUCUUCCGGAAAUACCAGUAUACGAAUAGAAAGGCACUGGAACAGCAGAAGAAAGAGUUUGUGAAAUACUCCAAGAGCUUCAGUGUCACUCUCAAAACCUACUUCAGAGAUGGAAAAGUGAUAAACGUGUUUGUCAGCGCCAACCGGCUCACCCACCAGACCAACAUGAUACUGCAGGCCUUCAAGAUUGUGGUGUAGCAACGCGAGAGGACUCACACACACACACACACACACACACACACACACACACACACACACACACACACACACACACACACACACGCGCACGUACAUUUUUAUUAGAGAACAGGUGAUAUGAGACUUUGUAAUUUGUAAAGACAUUUCAUUAUUUUGAGAUGUAUAAUUUAUAAUUCUGUGCUUUGAGGGGAGAUCAGGUAGUUUGAGGUUCAAAGCGAAUCAGGUUGACAGUAAUUGCCAGGGACUUUUAGCUCUCUUUUAUGUUGUUCUUUUAUCAGAUUCUCAAGUCGAUAUUUCUCCGUUCCUUUUAUAUAUAACCUCCUCAGUUCAGUGCUGUUUGGUUCUCAAAAAAAGUUUAGGAAAAUGUGAUUAUUUCCCAUGUCCUUUUUAAAGCCAAGUCAUUCCCAUUGUAUGUCUUAAAAGUACAAUGGAAAUAAGCGGUAGUCUGUUUCCAAACAUCUUCCAACAUUUUUGCACUUUUACUAAUUUUAUUGUAAUUUUUCUAGCGUAAAACAUAAUCUUGAUCCAUACGGCUGUACUUGGCAAAUAAUGUCCUGCCUCUAUCAGCUUACUUCAUAUUCAAGUAAAAUCUGUCAGCACCAAGAUCUGAAGAAACGUUCUGGAUUUUAGAAAUGGGGACUGUGUUUUAAUAUUAGCUUUUUUUUCACAUGUUUUUUUUUAAAGAUAGGUGAAUGAGGUACAAAAUCUUUAUAAUAGAUUAUUGAACGGAUCCAAAACUUAUUUGGAAGACCUAUACUAUGUACACUGUUUUUUGGCUGCAUGGCAGUUGUUUCUAACCUUUUUAUUUCUUGGGAACCCUUUGGAAAAUAUCUUUAUUGGACACGAGGUGUGAGCAGUUCAAUCACAAUGAUUUUUUUUAUCUUCUCUGAUUGUUUAAUUUAAACGGUUUCUACAGAACUAAAGGGGUUGAAGGUUUUUCACUAGGAAAAAGCUAUAUCAGUUUUUUGUGAAUUUAUUUUUGUCCUGUAUUCAUACAAAAUGUAAUCCACGUUGAAACAAAGUUUUAUUGCUGGUUAAAUUGUCUUUUUUUCCCCCCCUUUGUAAAUGAGGCUUUAUGGCACUGACAUAUUUUCAGGAAAGCUAGCCCGCUAUUUGAUCAGAGUUUUUUUUUUUUAGAAAUCCACCAGCAUCUGUUUCAGUGUCAGACACUGAACAAAUCCUUUGUUUGAAGACACAGCUGCAAUUGUUAGGCUUAAACCUCGUGCUCAGAAACAGGAGUCCGUAUUCAGAAGUAGUUGAAGGUUAUUUCAGCAGAAGUAGAAUGGGUUCAGGAAAGGAAGUUACAACAGAAGAAGUAAAAAUAAUAAUUCUCAAACUGACUGAGUAUUACCCUUAAACAACUGCAACUUUCAACUAAAAUCACACACAAGCCUAGAUUUAGUCAUUUAUUCAUUUUUAUCCACAUUCCAAAAAGUUUGAAGCAGCAGAUCUUGAAUAGUUGAAUCUUUACUUUGUUCUCACAAAUGUAAUUGACCAUGAAUGUAUCAUUUCUGUCUCUGUCUAUCUUUCUGACGCUUUAAUUGCAACGGCCAUAGCAAAAUAACAUGAACCAAAUGUAAAUAAAAUUCAUUAAGAACUCUUUAACCAGAGUCACAAA